AUGAAUGGUUCUUCAGAAAUACCCAUUCCCCUUGAUGAAAGCAGAAUUGAUGAUAUGAAACACCUUCAUGAUAUAUGCUUUAACGAUGUUUAUGGAGAUAGUUUCUAUAAUCUCAUUGCUAAAAAUCACGCAUUAAAAGGAGCUUUAUUAUAUCAUGAUCAAAAACCAGUUGGAGAGGUUGUAUAUCAAUUUGAAAUGUAUAAUGGUGAGCUUGUUUCAUAUAUAGUGUCCAUUUCGGUUCUUCCAGAGUUCAGAUCACAACACUAUAUAUUUGAUCAGUCAAAGUUUGUCGAUAGAAUUUAUUUGCAUGUUAAAGUUUCCAAUGAAGUUGCUAUUAAAAUGUAUAAUAAAUAUGGAUUCCGAAUUGUGAAGCAGGAAGAAGGCACAUAUGAAGAUGAAAGCUCAUAUUUGAUGUUGCGAAAUAAUCCCGACAAAGUUGAAACACAAAUAAAUCCAGAAAUGGCCGAAUGGGUAAAAGAUGUCUUUAAGAUGCUUGAUUAA